GCGAAGAAAAGGGUAGGAAGGAAGAAGGAGACGGGCGAGGAAAAGAAGAAAAAAAAAAGUCAAGGGCCUGCAAUGCAUUUGCCUUGAAUGGUCGAACCUUGUAUUAUAAAGUCGACGAACUCUUUCCUGCCUUUCGUAAGCACUCUCCAAAAGAAUAUUAUCAGACUAGGGAAAAAUAAGAUCAGAAAACCAGCAUUUCUACCUUCUGCACCUCUCUCAUCGACAGGCUAGCAGUCACAUAAGAGGUGAAUAUGGCUAAUGCUGCGGCAUUCGUUGAAAGGGCAACCAGCGACACACUGAUUGGUCCGGACUGGGCAAUUAAUAUUGAAAUAUGUGACAUUAUCAACAUGGAUCCAGGGCAAGCAAAGGAUGCAAUGAAGAUACUCAAGAAGCGGCUUGGAAGUAAAAAUCCCAAAAUUCAACUUCUAGCUCUCUUUGUUUUAGAGACUCUCAGCAAAAACUGUGGGGACAACGUGCAUCUCCAGAUCGUCGAACGUGAUAUCUUGCAUGAAAUGGUGAAGAUAGUGAAGAAAAAGCCAGACUUAAAUGUGAGGGAAAAGAUAUUGAUUCUCAUAGAUACAUGGCAAGAGGCCUUUGGGGGUCCCGGAGGGAAGUAUCCCCAGUACUAUGCUGCAUAUAAUGAACUGAAGUUUGCUGGAGUAGAGUUCCCACCCCGCGUGGAGAAUGCUGUGCCCUUGUUUACACCUCCGCAAACGCAGCCAAUAAUGAGCCAUCCUGAUGAUUCGAUAUAUGAGGCUGCAGCUCUUGAAGCCUCUCUUCAAUCCAAUGCUUCUGAACUCAGCUUGGUAGAUAUUCAAAACGCUCGGGGAAUUGCAGACGUGUUGACAGAAAUGCUUAGUGCAUUGGAUCCUCAUAGUCCAGAGGGUGUGAAACAAGAAGUGAUUGUGGACCUUGUCGAGCAGUGCCAAUCUUACCAAAAGCGUGUAAUGCUUCUCGUUAACAAUACAGUCGACGAGGAACUUCUGUGUCAAGGUCUGGCGUUGAAUGACGACUUGCAACGUGUGCUUCGCAAAUACGACGACAUGGCGAAGGGAACUCCUGCCGUCGGACUAGGAUUGACGGAAACCUCAGUCGCACCUCUUGUUAAUGUCGACCAUGAGGAUGAUGAAUUGGAAGAUGAUCUCUCCCAGCUAGCUCAUAGGUCUUCGAGAGACAAUGUGCAGGGACUCAAUAGGAAGUCUGCUAAUGUUAAGAAUGAGCAGGCAUAUGGCAGUCCAUUCCUUCCCCCACCACCAUCAUCAAAGAAGGCGAGUAGUGCAGACACUGGUGCCAUUGAUUACCUCAGCGGCGAUGUCUACAGAUCUGAAAGGCAAUCUGAACUGCUAAAAAAGACACCUGUUGCAGUUCCACAUCACGCCAAUGCCCAUGGAAGUCCACCGUCAACGCCUCCACUGACACUAUCUUCACCCCCCUCUCAUCAGAGUGACUCAAUCCCAUCCCCCGUGUUUGCUAGGCAGCCCCAUCAUGUUGAACCUCUUCAAACUGCAAAAUCCACUGAGUGGCUCCCGUCGGCUCCUUGGGAGGCCCCGUCUACCGUCUCGAUACCGCCCCCACCAUCAAAAUAUAACCAGAGGCAACAGUUUUUCGAGCAGCAGCAGCAGCAUGCUUCAUCAGGCGGGGCAUCUCACGCUAGUGGGUCAGGAUACUCAUAUGACGGAUUAGUGGGGCGGACCCAGAAUCUCUCUCUUAAUCAGCAGGGUUCUCAUCUCUCGGACGAGCAGAAUUCAUCACCCCUGACAAGGCAGGCAAAACCUGAGGACUCCCUCUUCAAAGAUCUGGUGGAUUAUGCAAAGGCCAAAUCAUCGUCUCCCUCGAAGCCUGCUAGUCAUAGAUCAUAUUGAGCAGUCAGCGAGUGUGGGAUUAUUUGUGGUGUUUGACACUAUACCAGACAUAAAAGACGCCAUGUCAUUUAAUUAGUGGGACUUGCGAUAGGGUGUGUAUUUUUCUGUGCUGGUUCAUUUCUACUUGUUUUUUUGCAGUAGGUAGUUUUGGUGAGAAAUGCAUUCUUCAUCUGAGUCUCAUGUUUACAUGAAUGUAUUUAUAUAGGAGGGUUUCGAUUCUUAUGUUGGUUGUCAGUCUUGGAAAUUUCCAUGUGUCCCCUUUGCAUUUUUAUGAAUAUGUUUCUGAAUAAUCUCAAUUUCUUCUGAAUAAUAGUACUAUCAGUUGGGGGGAGGUGUGGAAGUUUUCCCAAACA